GAGCGAGAGCGCGCGCUGCGCGGUUUAAAAGGAGACACUUACACUUCCUAAUGAAUAUUUAUCCGCCGCUGCUUCCUGCUCCCGGCUUCCCUUACCUUUCCGCAGGUCAGUCCAUGGUAUUCCGCUCCCCCCUAGACCUCUAUUCCUCCCACUUCUUGUUGCCAAACUUCGCCGAUCCUCAUCACCGCUCCCUACUUCUGGCGAGUAGCGGCGGCGGGAACGGUGCGGGCGGCGGCGGCGGCGGCGGCGGCGCGGGCGGCGGCGGGAACUGUGCGGGAGGCGGCGGUGCUGGCGGAGCAGGCGGCGGCGGCAGCGGCGGCGGCUCCAGGGCCCCCCCGGAAGAGUUGUCCAUGUUCCAGCUGCCCACCCUCAACUUCUCGCCGGAGCAGGUGGCCAGCGUCUGUGAGACGCUGGAGGAGACGGGCGACAUCGAGCGGCUGGGCCGCUUCCUCUGGUCGCUGCCCGUGGCCCCCGGGGCGUGCGAGGCCAUCAACAAGCACGAGUCGAUCCUGCGCGCGCGCGCCGUGGUCGCCUUCCACACGGGCAACUUCCGCGACCUCUACCACAUCCUGGAGAACCACAAGUUCACCAAGGAGUCUCACGGCAAGCUGCAGGCCAUGUGGCUCGAGGCGCACUACCAGGAGGCCGAGAAGCUGCGCGGCCGCCCGCUCGGCCCGGUGGACAAGUACCGCGUGCGCAAGAAGUUCCCGCUGCCGCGCACCAUCUGGGACGGCGAGCAGAAGACGCAUUGCUUCAAGGAGCGGACUCGGAGCCUGCUGCGGGAGUGGUACCUGCAGGACCCCUACCCCAACCCCAGCAAGAAACGCGAACUGGCGCAGGCCACCGGCCUCACUCCCACACAAGUAGGCAACUGGUUUAAGAACCGGAGGCAGCGCGACCGCGCCGCGGCGGCCAAGAACAGGCUCCAACACCAGGCCAUCGGACCGAGCGGCAUGCGUUCGCUGGCCGAGCCCGGCUGCCCCACGCACGGCUCGGCAGAGUCGCCGUCUACGGCGGCCAGCCCCACCACCAGCGUGUCCAGCCUGACGGAGCGCGCGGACACCGGCACCUCCAUCCUCUCGGUAACCUCCAGCGACUCGGAAUGUGAUGUAUGAUAGCCAAGGCCGCCCUCCUCCCCCUCCCCCUCCUUCCCCUCCUCCUCCUUCUCGCCCUCCUCCUCUUCCUCUUCUUCCUCCUCCAGCCCCAGAACCAACCGAAAUCAGGAUACACAAUCAUACACACACACACACACACACACACACACACACACACGCACACACACGUACACACACACUUCUACCCCAGCCAAAAAUAUAUAAAAACCAAGAAAAAUAACAAACGAAACGCAAACUAUCAACAACCCCGACCACCAUCUACCGCCACGGCCACCCCAAAGGACCGCGACGCCGACAGACAGUCACAAACGCUGAUGUUGCGGGCAGAAAACAUAAAAGAGGUGACAAUUGUAUACUUUCUAGGACAAGCACGGCUUCUCCUUUCGGUUCCCACGGACCCGGCACCCCACCUGCAUGACGAUUUAUUUGUAUCUGGGAAAAUAUUCUCUCUAGUUUAAAACGAUUUAAAAAGAGUCGACUAUACAAAAACCGACCACCACCACGACUACAAGACGACAAAAGCAAAACAGACAAAAAGAGAAAAAAAAAAUAAAACCGCCAUCUCUGUUCGGAAUUUGUUUAAAAAAAAAAAAAAAAGAACUCCUCGAGAGGGAAAUAGCAAAUGUUUCUCGCCUUUUGUUGCUCGCUCUCUCUUCUUUCCUCUCUCGCUCUCUUUCUUUCUCUGUUUUUAAGUCCAAGUAUUGGUCAAACAAGAUGCAAUCUUCUGUUUUUUGUUCAGCAGACAAUCAUUUUCUUCGUAAGCACCUUUUUCUCUCUACUCUGUCACUGCCUGUGUGGGUACUGGUUAUAAAUGUGGAAAAAGAAUAGUUAUGACUGUAACAGAUUUUUAUUUUUAUUUCAAAAUUUUAUAUGAAUUAUGUAUAUCUUAAUGAUCGGUCAUUUUCCCAGUUUGUAAUAUAUGUGUAGAAAUUGCCUGUAUAUGAUAUUGCUUUUUCUCCUCUUCCCUUUUCAUUCUCUCUCCCCCCCCCCCUUCCUCUGCCCUCCCCGCUCACCUGUCUCUUUCCUUUUUGGGGUUCCCCUCCCACUCGGUGUUCCUGGCGUCGACUUGGCAGUCAAGGCGUGGCAUGGCGGUCUGGGUUAGGCAGAGGGACCCCGUCGCUAGCAGAAGCGGAGAGUGAGACCGUAGUAUUCUUAUGCAAAAGCUAUUCCAAGUAUUUCUUAGCUGCUUUGGAGAUAUCUCUCACUCCCCGUAGGGCGCUUUUACUGUUAUCUUAACUGCGUGUUUAUCUAUAUGUAAAAACUUUCUAAAGCAAAUACAGUAUUCUCCAUUUUCUUAUCA